AUGACUAUACCGCCACAAGCCAAGACGACUUGCGAUCAGCCACUAUCACUUUGUCGUCAUGUUAUGAGGUUGGAUAAUAGCACUAUACAGACAUUUACACUAUCAAACAACUCUUAUGACUUCCUCGGAAAGUCUAGCGAUUCAAAGUUCUCUGGCCAAGGAGAUUCUAUUAUAUACAAAAAUGGGCCAUCAGAAACAACAGUUCUGCUGCAAUGUGUCCAAACAGAUAAUCAGCUUCAAGUGUAUUCUUUAGCGGAACCAUCUAAACUUGUGUUAGCGUUCUAUUCGAAAGAUGCGUGUUUGAAGCAGAUAGAAGACGUGGGAAGAUCAGCUGGUUCAACACUUUUGAUUAUAUUCUUUUCAUGUCUCAUAUUCUACCUCGUUCUCGGCAUCUGUACGAAGAAGUUCCUUAUGGGUGCGACCGGUAUUGAAGUCAUACCCAACCUUGGCUUCUGGUCGGAUAUACCAAAUCUUGUUAAGGAUGGCUGGCUUUUUAUGACAAAUGGCUUCAAGUUGCCAGCUAGGGCGACGGGACAAACAGUGUCACCCGACCCCAACAGCUACGACAGUAUAUAA